AUGUCUGAAUGCUAAUUCAGGUAUUUUCCUCCAAUGGUGAAGAAACUUUCCCUCAAACUUGUGGUUAAACUUUCUGCUCUGCCCAACCCGCAUACACACACACACACACACACUCGACCUCCACGCUCCGAGAUCUCUGGCAGAUAUUACAAAGAAACAGCAGCUCUGCUAUCUUCCACCCAUGGGAGUGACAGUUACCCAGCACUAAGGUAGACUGAGGUUGUGAGGCUUGUGCUGUUACCAUGGCUUCACACUUCAGACAAUGCACAAGAAGCCAAGACGGAAUUUGUACAGAAGUGACAGCGCUAAAUGUCAAUGUACUGAAAAAAACCCAUAAAAGAUAGAAAGUGCCUCAGCAAAAUUCUUUCAAGUAUAGAUGCCUAUAAAAAGAUAAAAACAUAAAUUAGCUUAUAAUUGUGAAGAGAAAGGAAAAGUAUAGAUACUGUUAGUUUCUGACAGAUUCUAGUGCAUCUAUCAAAGAACAGAUUCUGAGUCUGUCUGGCAUCUUUUAAAAAUGCUAUAUUUGAAAGUCGGGCUGGAACAAUUAAUUGCAUGAAUCAUGAUUAAUUGAUUACUGAAAUAUUUGUCAACUAAUUUAGUGAUCAAGUAAUCAUUAACUGGAUUAUAAAAACUCUGAAAACAUGGAAUUUGCUUAAAGUUCGACACAUGACCAACCCAUACUAGAGGAAUGCUAAAUUAUUUGCAUUUUAGGAAGCAAAACAUUUAUUUUCUUAUUUAAAUAAGGAAUUGAAAUUAGCAUUUUUAAUCCUUUACAAAAUAAGCUUUGGUGGUUUAAAGAAAAAUCUGCAGAAAUUGAUCAUUUUUUAUCCAGUCAAUCGUCAGAAUAAAUUGAUUAACUGCAGCACUAUUGAAAAGUUGUGGCACUUUAAAACUACAAAUGUCUCCAAAAAAUGUUUCCCCUUUUAAUAUUUUUAUAGCUCAACUGCCUGCAGAAGGUUUUCAGGUCGGUCAUUGUGACGCUGGAAAAGUGCAUGCAUGGUUUUUAAAGGGAAUGCAACUGACAGAUUCCCCUUUUCUAAAAAACAUGAUGUAUAACCAUAAUCUAGUUGCUAGGAAACCAGAGUCUCCCUAUUUUGACAUCUAUUUACCAAAGUAAGAAAAUGGGAGUACGUUGUGUGUGUUUGUCUAAAACUGUAUAUACAUCUAGUGAUGAUAAGCGUGGGACUCUUUCACCAGAGGGAGUAAUUAUUGAGCUCCAAACAAACGAUGGAAAGAAGCUGCAAGAGCUGAUAGAAAUACCGGUUCCCACGGGAACCCAGAAGCAUCACCUUCCACCACCGACUCUCCAGCAGCGAUCCUUUGCUGCGUUUCAGCGAAACCCAAGAAAUGUAAGCUGCUGAUUACCGACGGCGCUCUUUGCAAAGUCCUUCCUGGAACAGUGACUCACCGCGGCAGGGAACCAAAAAUGUUUAACAAAAUUUACAUAGUUUUCCAGCAGUAUGCAUAAGAAAAAUACCCCAAAUUUACACAACUCCCCAGGCAUUUGAUAAUGAGCUUCGUCGGUUAAAUGUGUGUGGGGUUUGCAUAAAUAAACCACUCGACCACAAGUCAUAGCUCCAGCUGCCGAGGUACACCACUGUUCGAGUUCAGAUAUUUCAAAAUGAUUUACACAGUGGUGCAGUUUAAAUUUUGAGGAUAAAUGGAAGAAACUGUUCAGGAUUCAAUGCAGAGGCCUUUUUACUUCUUUUUUUUUUUCUUAAACUGCAAUCUAACCAACAACACAAACAAACUAUACCAACCUUCCACUUUCUUCUCUUGACUGAUGUAAGAGAUGCAUAGGCAUGCUGUUAUGAAAACUGUCGCUCUUUAACCAGCUCAUACCAGCAUGCACAGCGUGGGAUCUGUAACAGCAGAAAAUCUGCCAAGUUUCUCAGCAUUCAGCAGCUUAAACGCAAGAACCCCAGAUUCAGAGUCAAAUAUUUCACACUGAAUAUCAGAGAACCAUCGAUGGCGCGCUUGUUUUGAGACUCUAUGACUGGUAUGCAAGAGUUGGAAUGAAAAGCAACAUCCAUCCUCUUCUUCUGGAAAUACUGAAUCAGCAAUUUGUGAAUCAUCACACAAGCUGACUAGUUUGGCAAUCCUGUGAAGGGUAAUUUUAGCGAUCUGACCAUGAGACGGAGCCCAAGGAGACCCCUGAUUCUGAAAAGAAGAAAACUUCCAUUUCUGCAAAAUGAACCAACUCAGGCUGACAAGCAAACCCAGCACUGUGCAGCAGGCACCGGGGAGCCGACUAAACCAGCAGCCAGCCAGUGCCUCCCUCAUGGCAUCCCCAUCAUGAAUCACCCCUCCAUGUCUGACACUCAGGUGGUUGUCAUCCCUAAAGAGGCAGAUCUGCAAAGCAUCAUCGGUGUGCUCACUGCAAAGGGCAAAGAGAGUGGCGUCCAAGGCCCAAACAAGUUCAUCCUUCUCAGUGAGAGUGGCAGCAGGGGCAAUGGAUCUUUCUGCCAGGCUACUGUCAAAGAGGAGUCAUCUCCUGCAGAAAGUACAGCUACACAACCAGUGAAGUCAGAUACUAUCCACAAUAUGCAAGAUGCUAAACCUCUCACUGGAAAUCAGUCAAGUGCAAGUUGCAGUCCUCUAGAUGACAGCCUCACCAAUAUCCAGUGGCUGGGCAAAAUGAAUACCAGUGCCUUGGAGCCACACCUUGCAAAUCAGACAAUUGACAAGGAGAAGAAGCUUCAAGCACCGCAGAUUUUACAGACCCACAAUACAAAUUCAAACCCAGAAGGUUCUCAUCAGCCCACGUUACAGAGACCGCCGUACUCCUACACGGCCAUGAUCCAGUUCGCCAUCAACAGCAGGAAGAACCGAGGCAUGACGCUGAAAGAAAUUUACACAUGGAUCGAGGACCAUUUCCCUUAUUACAGAGAAGUGGCCAAACCAGGAUGGAAGAAUUCAAUCCGCCACAAUCUUUCUCUGCACGACAUGUUCAUCCGUGAGCGGUCGCCAGAUGGUAAAACCUCUUUCUGGACAAUUCGACCAGAUAUCAAUCGAUGCCUGACCCUUGAUCAGGUUUACAGGCCUUGUUGUGAUCCGGGGACCGUUUCUUCUCCUGUGCCGUUGCUUCCAUGUCCCCACCAACAUGAAAAGAAGAAUAUAUCUGCUGUAAGAAAAGUGCCAGCUUCCACUGAGAGGAGGAUAAAACCACUGCUGCCCCGUACAGACUCUUACUUGGUUCCUAUCCAGCUGCCCAUUGCCUCCUCUGCGUAUCUGCCGUCGUUGUCUGGUUCUUAUUGCCCAUCUGGCUCCAAGCACAAACAAAAUGCUUCACGCGGGACCAAGAGAGUCCGCAUUGCCCCCAAGGUGACGGAGGGCGACAGUCCAGCCGUGGCUCUGGCUCCUCAUGUCGACCUGAAGGUCGAACCCGUAAAUGUUCCGACAAAACGCGAGACACGUAAACCUCCUCCGAAGAGGCAGUCCAGCAGCUCCCGCCGUAAGCAGAGCCUGGUGAACUCUCUGCAGGACGAGCCCAUCCUCCUCUGCCCCGACAACAGCUUCUUUGACUCUGGCGUCGUCUCGGACGCGUCCACCUCCCAGGACGUGAGAGAAGCUGACAGCACAGAGCAGCAGCAGCACUUCCAGGGCAGCCCUGAGCGGGAACUCUACUUCAAGACGCCCAUAAAGAGUCAUAGCCACUUGAGCUCCUCCACGCCGAGCAAGCCACCUCCCAACGUCACACUUGAACCCUGGAAGGUGACGCCCGUCGGCAAAGACAGCCAAAGCGUCCUGGACUUCAGUCCUAUCCGCACGCCGGGCGGUCCCGUUGUCACGCCCCGACAGGAGUACACCACCUUCAGCUUCAGCAGCACUCCCUUCAAAGAGCUGCCGCUGUUCAGCUCCCCCAGGGAGCUGCUCACACCGGCCCCCUGCAGAGCCCCGUCGACAGAUUCCCCCACCGAGGCGCAGCUGGCAGAUGCGCCCGCCGCUUCGCCGUCCAACCGCUCCAUCACGGAGGGCCUCAUCCUGGACACCAUGAAUGACAGCCUGAGCAAGAUUCUGGUGGACAUCAGCUUCUCCGCGCUGGACGACGAAGACCUGGGCAUCGCUAACAUCAGCCUGUCAGAGUUCCUCGGUCAGUUCAUGUAGCCCGAAGGCUAAAACGCUAGAAAUCCGUUGUUGAACACUAAAGCACGCACGCACCAACUCAGCAAAACAGACAUAUUUCUCGUCUGGUCAUGAUCCACCUGUUGUGUGUUUUUGAUGGUUAUUGCUGGAGGUGUGUGAUCAAUCUCAGUUUGUGGUUAGUUUGAUUUCUGUCUGAAUAUAAUUUAUUAAUUUCACUCCAGCACAAAUAACAAAGUAGGAUAUUCAGAAGGCUUCACCAAGGUCUCACAUGAUGCUUUAAUUGGCAAAGAGACUGUACUCAUUCAUCUUCCACUUUGUAUUUGCCUGGGUUUUUUUUGUAACUUUCUCAUGUUUGCACUUGCUUUUACUGUUCUGUGUCAAAUUCUUCUCUUGCAUGUGGCUCUCCUCUUUUGUCUCAUCUUUCAGCCGCUCUGCAUCGCUGUCAUUUAUAGGAGCUGCAUGAGAAGAGAAAUAUUUAAGUGUAUACAUAUGUUGAUUUGCACAUUAUAAUAUAUGACUUACAGUUGUACAAUAGAUUAUUUGAUCACUUGGUAAACUCUGUUGUCGGGUCCCAAAGUCUUACUAGCAAUUAAAAAAAAAAGUAUUACAAGUAGCACUAACAGCAAUAGGAUUUUCUGAUUGUAAAACUGUUUUCAAAAAUCUUCACUGUAAUUAUUGGAUGUGCCGUUGUCAACUGAAGGGCACUUUAUCUGAACAGAGGAAUUUUUGCGAACUGUUCUUUUUACCUCUUAAGGCAGAAAAUACAGAAUAUUUAGUAUAUGUCUUCAGUAAGAAAGAUUAUUUGCAGUAUCAUCUUUGAGGCUGAGAUGUGACCUAUUUCUGUACCACUGAAUAAUGUGUGUUUUUAAGAACAGGUCCUUCUGUUGUCUCAGCUUUUUAAUCUCAGCACUAUGAAUCCAUCUGUUUAUGAAGAAAGGUUGUUUUCUGAAGUAAGACUACAAUAAAUUCCUUAGAUCCUCAUAAAAUUGAAGGAUUUUUCUAUUUAAUUUUAUUGCUGUAACUGUGUGGUCUUUAUAACAUGGCAUUUGCAAGGUGUGGAUGGAUAACCUUUGUUUUAAAUACAACUCUUUGUGUAACCUAAGCUUUAUUUCAUGUUGUAGAAAUGUAAAACAUUGCCAUCUUGGGCAAGAUGUUUUUUAAAGAUACGCCAUUGUUUUAUUACUAAUUCUAAGGUCAGCAAAGGUUUUUGUUUGGCUUACCGUGCUUAUAAAAUUCUGCAAAUUUUUGAUUUCAGCAUAAACAUUUUUUAAGAUUUCUUAG